AUGAGCUACUCUUAAGAGUUCUCUCCUUUGUCUAUGAAAGAAGAGAUAUUUUUUUAAAACGAAACAGAAUCUACCUCCUUAGAAUAACAAUUGCAAAUUGCUAAUGAGAAAGUCAUAUAACUUAUGCAAUAUUAAUAACAAUUAAGUGAAGAACUAGAGCAUUUGCAUUAUAAAUAUAGAGAGACAUAAUAAGAGAACGAGAUGCUCUCAAAUUAAUUACGCUAAGGUCCAGAUGAAGCUAAAUUUCUUAAUUGUGUUCUCGAUAUGGUUCGUGUAUGCCACCCUCAGGACAAACCAAUUACCUUGAAAUAUGCAUGGAAAUGGUUAAAAUAUGUUGUCGACGAUUAUAUUGAAUUAAGGAAAAGAACCAAAAGUUCGAAUACAUAGAGUGAAGUAUUCAAAAAUCCCAAAAAAAACUCAAUUGUCGUAGGUGAUUUACUAAGAAAGAAUUGCUAAGUGGCUGAAAGCUAGUAUAUAAAGAAUUCAAAAUGCCAUAAUUGA